UUUACUUAAUUUGCAUUUACUGUAUACACAUAAUUGAUAUUCAAGUUUUUGAAUUUAUUAUAAUCAAGUUUUUAUAAUUAAUUGGCAUUUAUUUAUUUUUCUAAUAUUUUUUAAAUAAUAUUUAAAACUAUGGGUUUAAAACUACUGUUUCUAUCGAUAAUCAUAUUGUGUUGGCUGACCAUCGACUCUGUCGGCAGCUGUUCCUGCAGUUGGAAACCAAAUGAUAGGCAUUUUUGUGAUUCAGAUUUUGCCGCUCUGGUCAUUGCCAACAACCGAACCGUCGAUAACGAUAGCACAGUGUAUGGCAUCGAUUUGUGGCGAGUCUAUCGGUUCCGCGACGGUGUGGCAAAUGAGGCACUGAUGCGGCGCCAACUGUGGACCGGAACUUACGACAGUUUGUGCGGUAUUGGGCUAUCAAUAGGCGAUCCAUAUGUGGUGACCGGUUAUCUCGUGAACGGUAAGCCGAGAAUAAAUAUCUGCGGUUUCAAUAAACUCUGGAAUGAUAUGACAGUCGAUGAAGAAAAUGGAUUCAAUUCGGAGUACAGAAAGUUGUGUCCGAAGAAUUCGCCAUUAAUUUUAUCGCGAAUUCGUUCAAAUUAUAAUUGA